GCCAUCAAUCGUCUGCCACUCAUCGUCCCGUUCCAUCCCAAUCCAUCACUGCGGACCACGCCGUACUUAAACAACAUACUCCCCUACACCAACUCGGUCCACUCUCAGCUUCUACUAUCUCGGUGACUCCUAGAGAACCAACUGCAUCAGACAUACGCAGCUUCAGCACAGUCCACUCAAGCACUCUCUUCUCCUCUACUCUCCUGCUUCCAUUACAGACCAUCCAAGAUGACUCGCUCCCACAAGUUCAACGAUAAGGACCACGCCGGUCUGGCUGAAGGCACGGUGCCUCCUCAAGAGCAUAUCCCCAAGUACUUCGCCAAGCACGGCUUUCCUGACGCCGAUCCCAAGAAGACCAAGAAGAACGGCGCCGGCCGGGCCAACUGGGGCAACGUCGGCGAUGAAGUAGUCGACGAGGGCUUCAAUUUCGCCAACGCCCGUCGCCGGUCGAACAGUAGCAGCAUCUCGGGACUCGAAAAUCUCAAGACCAAGUUUGAAAUCAACGAGCCUGAGCCCGUGUUUGAGGAGAGCAUGCACGGGCCCGAGGACCAGGAAGAGAAGACGGAGAGCUCGUCGAACGGAAGCAUUGACGAGGACAAGGCCCACAAGGACAUGUAGAUGAGGAUGUGGCGAGUUCCAUGAGUGAGGCAGUUACCUGCGAAUGUAUUGCGGGAUUCCAUGCUCUUGGCGGAAGGCGUUUCUGGCUGGACAUCUGGCACGGCGAAAGCCUUCUAUCUGACUACCUCACAUGAUUUGGACGACGGGAAUUGUGGUCUUUCUGACAGCACUCUAUGAUGCGA